GAAGAAUCGUAACUUCUGACGGCGAUUUCCUAGUUUCGACUCUCACGAAGCUCGACAGCAGCUACUGGAUCGUGGAGAGAAGUUGUGAGUCGGAAUUGUCAAUCGGCAAUUUCAGCUGGUGGCCGCGUCCUCCGCCAUCUGUGUGUCUUUACAAAGGAGACGAAUGCCGGAAUGGGUUUACUAGCUGACGACUGCUGAGCGAAGCUGGAAGCUAGAGCCAUCGAGAGCUCGAUCGAUCCCUGAUAAUAAUGUCGACGGCGACGCCAGGCGACCCCAGUCUUUCUCGCACUUUCAAGUACUUACUAGCUACCCAGUUGUUGUCCAGAGGAAUACCAUUCAUUUUCAAUUCAUGGAUCGUGAGGUACCUGACUGCCGAGGACUAUGCGAUUUACGCAGUGCAGUUUCACCUUUUCGUCACCUGCGUCCUGUUUCUCAGCCGGGAGGGAUUCCGGCGAGCCACCUUGAGGGCUGACGCUAAAGGUGCUGAAACUUCAACAGAGGAAUAUGCAACCAAGAUACUGAAAGUUGCUUGGAUGACUCUUCCACUUGGAAUUGUAAUCACAAUUGCAGCAUCUGCUUUUGUCUUCUGGUGGCAAGGGCUACACUACACUGACCCAUAUGGACAAGCUAUCUUGAUCAAUGGCGGUGCAUGUAUGCUGGAGCUUUUGGCAGAGCCGUUAUACAUCCUGUCACAGAACUUACUGCUACUUGAACUGCGGUUAAUUGUUGAAUCUGCUGCCACGCUUUUACGCUGUCUGACUAUGUACAUACUGGUCGUCAAGCUCUCUAGCAUGGACAAAAGGAUUGUUUUUGCACUGUCUCAGACUGCAUAUGGAGCUUGCUUGUUUGUAGGAUACUGGAGCUACUUUCUUCUGAGGCGUACAUUUAGAAGUUUCAAACUAUUACCAUUCAGGAUAGGAACACUGAGGGAUUAUGAUAAGCAGCUCUCGAACAUGUGUAUGCUUUUUACUUUUCAAUCCUUCCGGAAGUUAAUCCUUCAAGAAGGCGAGAAGCUUGUCCUUGUGUGGCUGGAUACACCAUAUAAUCAAGCUGUAUAUGGAAUAGUCGACAAAUUAGGGAGCUUAGUAGUGAGACUGGUCUUUCUUCCUUUUGAAGAAAGCUCAUAUUCUACAUUUGCCAGGUCUGCAUCAGGACAGUAUCCUAACAAAAGCAAGAAGGUUGGGAGUUCUCUAACUGAGGCACUGAAGCUUGUAUUACUAAUUGGUCUUGUUUUCAUGGCGUUUGGUCCUAGUUAUUCCUACUCGCUCAUUCGAUUGCUAUAUGGCCAGAAAUGGAGUGAUGGAGAAGCUUCAAUAGCCCUCCAGUAUUAUUGCGUAUAUGUAAUCGUUUUAGCCAUGAAUGGCACUUCGGAAGCAUUUCUACAUGCUGUUGCUACAGAAAACCAGAUUAAACGUUCAAAUGACUCGUUGCUUCUGUUCUCCGUUAUCUAUGUGGUACUCAAUGUCUUACUGAUUCAGUCAGCUGGAGCAGUGGGCUUGAUACUGGCCAAUUCCUUAAAUAUGACCAUGAGGAUUAUAUACUCGGCAGUCUUCAUCAAGGGUUAUUUCCAGGACUCCUCUGCGUUCUCCUUUUCCAGAUGUUUGCCUUCUGGUUGGCCAGUGCUUCUGAUUUCAGGGAUAGUUACUCUCAUUUCAGAGAGAGUAUUCCUUGACCGCGAGAAUUUCUGGUCGACAUUCUUCAUUCACUUUUCCAUUGGAGUAGCUUGCCUCUCCAUAUCGUUGAUCAUCAUAUAUCGCCGUGAAAGGUCCUUCAUCAACAAAAUUAUUCGUUUCCGUGAUCACGAAGACUGAACAAGAGUGGGACAUUGUAGCAGCAAGUUCCCUGUACAAGAGAUUUUCAGCCAUUGCUGUAGAAAUAGCGAAGAUCGGUAAAAUCAGAAUCUUACCCUUCAAAAUUGGAGCAUCAAUCUGAUGAGUCAUGCUCGAACAUCCUCAAUAUUCCACCGUUUACGAAGCAGUUAGCAUUCAUGGUAUACAAUUAGCAACAAUUUACAUUGAUCUCAUAGAAUCUGACAAGGAUUUGCUUUCUUGUUUAGAAACAGUAUAAAAGAAAGUCUGCAACAGAGCUGCUAAGCUACUUCAAUGAACAAGAAGUGUGUUGCUUUGUUCAUGUUGUAUCUGAACAAGAAAAAGCCGUGACUUAACCAUGUUAGUAACGAAUGAGUUCCGAAGAAUCAUUGUUGUUCUAACCCUCUCUUCAGCGAAACCAUCGGUUCAC